GGUGGAAGUCCGCGCUAAGUGCUCGCCCAAGAUCGGCACCCGUUUCGCCAGGCACUUUGUAGUUUUUUUUUUGAGUCGCCUGGCCACACCGCACUGCCCAGUAAAAAAAUAGUUUUUUUUUGUAUCCAACCAACCAACUGUAAAAAUAAGUUUAAACAAAGCAUCUACUCAUAAGUUUCAUUUUUUUCCGUUAAGUGUCACCAUUAUUUAUUUUUUAAGUGUGCAUUCAAUAAGAAAAUGUCAUCGCGAAGGUAAAUCCAAUAGGAAAUACGACAAUGCUCGCACACACACGCACGCAGUCGUACACACACACACACAACACACACGACACACACUGGCAAACACACACGCACGCACGCUCCGCUCCCAACUGGGCUAUUUACAUAUGUAUAAGUAGAUACAAAAGCAAGGCAGAGCGAAAAAGAAAAAAGAAACAAAAAACAAAAACUGCUGAGAUAAAAAGUGCACUAAAGUGUGGGGCGAAGGGGGGGCGCAAGGGUGGAUGCAGCGGAGCCGUUGCCAUUACCGUUGCACUGCUUCAGCCUGUUGCCCACCGCGUAAGCAGUGCGGUAACCAGUGACAAUUGCACCAGCAAAAAGAUGCACACACCCCACCGUGCACCACUGCACCUGCCACUGCUGCCCACUUGCUUGGAGGCACUGAUGCCACUGGAGCCACUGCAGGCUGACCAGAAGCGACAUGGCAUAGUGGCAGAGUGGCAGCUGACAACACCCAUAUGUUGGCCCACCGGAUGGUUCCACCCAACGAUAUCUGGCAUCGAAGCUGAGAAACUGCUGCAGGAGCAGGGAUUCGACGGCUCCUUCCUCGCCCGCCUCUCCUCCUCGAAUCCGGGGGCCUUCACGCUCUCCGUGCGCCGCGGCAACGAGGUGACCCACAUCAAAAUCCAAAACAAUGGCGACUUCUUUGAUCUCUACGGUGGUGAAAAGUUCGCCACACUGCCGGAACUGGUACAAUACUACAUGGAGAAUGGCGAGCUGAAGGAGAAGAACGGCCAGGCCAUCGAACUCAAGCAGCCCCUGAUCUGCGCCGAGCCCACCACGGAAAGAUGGUUUCAUGGCAAUCUUUCCGGAAAGGAAGCGGAAAAAUUGAUCCUGGAGCGGGGCAAGAAUGGUUCGUUUCUCGUCCGUGAAUCUCAGAGCAAGCCAGGCGACUUCGUCCUUUCCGUGCGCACGGACGACAAAGUAACGCAUGUCAUGAUUCGAUGGCAGGACAAGAAGUACGACGUCGGCGGCGGGGAAUCCUUUGGCACCUUGUCGGAACUGAUCGAUCACUACAAACGUAAUCCCAUGGUGGAGACGUGCGGAACCGUGGUGCAUCUGCGGCAGCCAUUCAACGCCACGCGAAUCACGGCGGCCGGAAUCAAUGCCCGGGUGGAACAGCUGGUCAAGGGAGGUUUCUGGGAGGAGUUCGAAUCGCUGCAACAGGACAGUCGGGACACAUUCUCGCGCAACGAGGGCUACAAACAGGAGAACCGCCUCAAGAACCGCUACCGCAACAUAUUGCCAUACGACCACACGCGCGUCAAGCUGCUGGACGUGGAGCACAGCGUGGCCGGAGCCGAGUACAUCAAUGCCAACUACAUACGGCUGCCCACCGACGGCGACCUGUACAACAUGAGCAGCUCGUCGGAGAGCCUGAACAGCUCGGUGCCCUCGUGCCCCGCCUGCACGGCGGCCCAGACGCAACGGAACUGCUCCAACUGCCAGCUGCAGAACAAGACGUGCGUGCAGUGCGCCGUGAAAAGCGCCAUUCUGCCGUACAGCAACUGUGCCACCUGCAGCCGCAAGUCAGACUCCCUGAGCAAGCACAAGCGCAGCGAAUCGUCGGCCUCUUCUUCGCCCUCCUCCGGGUCUGGCUCUGGCUCCGGACCAGGAUCGUCUGGUACCAGCGGAGUGAGCAGCGUUAACGGACCCGGCACACCCACCAAUCUCACGAGCGGCACAGCCGGUUGUCUGGCCGGCCUGCUAAAGAGACACUCGAACGACUCGUCCGGCGCUAUCUCUUUAUCGAUGGCCGAGCGGGAACGCGAGAGGGAGCGCGAGAUGUUUAAGACCUACAUCGCCACCCAGGGCUGCCUGCUCACCCAGCAAGUGAACACGGUGACGGACUUCUGGAACAUGGUCUGGCAGGAGAACACGCGCGUGAUCGUUAUGACCACCAAGGAGUACGAGCGCGGCAAGGAAAAGUGCGCCCGCUACUGGCCGGACGAGGGUAGAUCGGAGCAGUUCGGCCAUGCGCGGAUACAGUGCGUCUCGGAGAACUCGACCAGUGAUUACACGCUGCGCGAGUUUCUCGUCUCGUGGCGGGAUCAGCCAGCGCGCCGGAUAUUUCACUACCAUUUCCAGGUGUGGCCGGAUCACGGAGUGCCCGCCGAUCCGGGCUGUGUGCUCAACUUCCUGCAGGAUGUCAACACGCGUCAGAGUCACCUGGCUCAGGCGGGCGAGAAGCCGGGUCCGAUCUGUGUGCACUGCUCGGCGGGCAUCGGACGCACUGGCACCUUCAUUGUGAUCGACAUGAUUCUCGACCAGAUCGUGCGCAAUGGAUUGGAUACCGAAAUCGACAUACAGCGCACCAUUCAGAUGGUCCGAUCACAGCGUUCCGGUCUCGUGCAAACGGAGGCGCAAUACAAGUUCGUCUACUAUGCGGUGCAGCACUAUAUCCAGACCCUGAUCGCCCGGAAGCGCGCCGAGGAGCAGAGCCUGCAGGUUGGCCGCGAGUACACCAAUAUAAAGUACACGGGCGAAAUUGGCAACGAUUCACAAAGAUCUCCAUUACCACCAGCAAUUUCUAGCAUAAGUUUAGUUCCGAGUAAAACCCCACUGACACCGCCAUUGGCGGAAUUGGGCACUGGGAUGGGCCUAGGCAUGGGCGUGGGCAUGGGCGUCGGCAACAAGCACGCAUCGAAGCAGCAGCCGCCGUUGCCGGUGGUCAACUGCAACAAUAAUAACAACGGCAUCGGCAUCGGCAAUAGCAGCAGCAGCAGCAGCAGCUGCAGCAACGGCAGCGGCAGCGGGAGCAACAACACCAGCGGCAGCAACGGCAGCGGCAGCAACGGCAACAUCAACGCCCUGCUGGGCGGCAUCGGCUUGGGGCUGGGCGGCAAUAUGCGCAAGUCGAACUUUUACAGCGACUCGCUGAAGCAGAAACAACAGCAACAGCAGCGCGAGGAGCAGGCGACUGCUCCGGCGGGAGCAGCAAAAUUCAAAAACAUUCCCAAAGACAUGAUCGGUUUUCGACCGCCGAGCCAUGCGCCUGCGUUGCCGCCGCCACCGACACCGCCGCGCAAAACAUGACAAAUGAAUUUCUAAGUCGCGACGCCCCCUUGACACGCCCCCCGACACCCACCUCCCCCCCAUACGCACACAGACCACAAGCGGAUUUCAUUUAUAAUGUCACCCAGCCGCCCCAAACCCAAAACCCAAACCCUCGACUAUGUUUUACUGUUGUACCACGUUCUACGUUUUUUUUUUUUUUUUAAUAAUUGUAAUCUAUAUACUUUUUGUAAUUGUGUGUAAUGCUUAGUUGUAUGUUAUUGUCUCGCUUUAUGUUGUAAGUGUUCCCUGCACACGCAAAGCAGUAACCCCACCACCCCGAACCCCCAAAACCCAGGCAUAUUUAUGUAGUAGUAUUUUAAGAACCCCCGAACCGGAAGUUGAGGAUACAAUCUGGGCGGAACUGCAGCAGAUCCGCCAAAAAAGAAACACACAUGUUUGAGAAGAAUCGCAGCAACAAAAUGAUAAAUCCCGUUCCCUGUUCCACACCGCUUGAAUUUGGCGGAGUCGACAUUGAUAGUAUUUCACUUUUUUGAAAAUAUUCGCUUUAGAUGAGAAAAUUGACUUGUGACAAAUAUUUUUAUGUAUUGCGCUGGUUACAAACCACAAAGGUAGCUUAACUUUAAAUUUUACUAAUUGAAUCUGAUGAUAUUUCUCAUGUUUGAAAAUAGUUGUAGUUCCCCCUUUGGGAAUCAUUGAUAAAAUCCAUUUAUGAAGCGAUGUCUAGUUCUGGCACAUUCAAUUUGAAUCGGUUAAUUUCCAAUCUAGUUUGGCGAAAGUUGAUCAAGUUUCAGAAAAGUGAAGUUCACUUCCUCCAAAUUCAACUGGAAACGGAAACGGGUAACCGGUUGGAGUGCAAAUCAAGUUUUUAGUGUAGUAAGUGUUGACAAAAUCGAAAGAGAAGAAGUUAGAUGAGUAACUGAGGCAGUAAGCACGUAACGAUAAUGAUACAAAAAGCGUUGAUUGUGAUUCGAGUGACAGCGAGAACAGAAACUGAAACAGUAACAGUAAUAGAAACAGAUGAGAACAGAUGCAACCGAGAUCAGAACAGAACCGAACAGAACAGCGGAGACGCCAACCGAACAGAACAGAAAUAAAAUGAACAGAUGAGAAGAGAACAGAUUAGAGGUAAAAGAAAAAGCUAAGAAGCGCUUAAGCGUGUCGUCCCUAGAAUAAGAAAACUAAGAUUACAGCUCGACAGAUCCAGAUUCAGAUCCAGAUCUAGAUCUAUGUAUAUCUCUAGCAGCCAAUUUCUGAUUUUCCCCUUCCCCGUUAAUUUCCCCAUUAAUUAAGUGAUUGUGUGUGUAUAUUCUUAAUUGUAUAUUGAUGAUUAUUUAUAGCGAUUGCCCAUUGUGUUACAUUUCAAAUGAUCGAAAGAAUUGUAUUUAGAAAUUUUGUACUUUAGAAAUUAUGCAUUAAUUGUGUGUCUGUGUCUCUCUACCCAGUCUCCCCAUCUCUGUCUCUCUCUCUCUCACACUCUCUCUCUCACUCUCUCUCACACCCUCUGUCUAUGCACGAGUGUUUUCUUGACUAAGUUUAUUAUUUCAACGCUGAAGCGGAAUCAAACUAUAUAUGCAAUAUUUAAGCACAGUACCUUGGGCGCUGCAAAGAAAUUAAAAAAUUUCAAAAUAAAUACCAACAGCUAAAUCAUAAAUACAAAAUAUACAGGAAGGAAGAACUCUAUAUCAGCAGCAGCGAAAUAUAAAUCGAUUAGAUUACUGUGCAAAUUUAAGUAAUAUAUAUAUUUAAAACAUA